AUGAGUUUACCUGAGCCGCCGUCCUCACUGGACAAUGGUUGCUCUGUUGUCCACGACAACACCCUUUAUGUUUUUACGCCAACUGCUUUCUUGUCGCUACCGCUUGAGGAGGGUGCAGAAUGGAAGAAGUUGAAGAUGGGAGAACAAGUUACUGGAGGAGUCUGUGUUGGAACUGAUGUCGCCCUAUUCAUAAUUGGAGGUAGUGGUGGUCAAGCUGACUACAAUGGUCUGCAAAAAUACGUUUUCGCCGACAAGAAGUGGGAGACGCUGCCUAUUGAUGAUACAGCCUUCCGAAAUUUACAACAUCACGGUGCUGCCUAUAUUAAGAAUACCGACCAGAUAGUUGUCUCUGGCGGCAGCCAGGACGGCAGAGAAACGCCUUCAGAUACCUCCCGCUACUUCGCCGCCUCAGGACCAUAUAUCCUCCAGAGCGCAGCGGGAUCUGCCGCGUCUGUCAAUCCCAUUAUUCUGGCUUGGUCCGAUGCUGAAGUCUGCCUGCUCGGCGGUAGCGACUGGAACACGCAAGUUUUACUAUUUAACGCCGCAACAAGUUGGAGGACCACAGGAAUCACACUGGGCGCGCCCGUCGCGGCUUCCAGCAAAGCCAUGCUUAUUCAAGGCGACGAUGGCUCCAAGAGUCUUUAUGUUUUCGAUCUCUCAGCCAGUCCCAACAAAGUUCAUCGCUACGUUGUUUGGGGUGACAACAAUGCGCCUGGCCAAAAUGCUGCCGAUCAAAACGUGAAGCGUGACCUGUCCCUGAAUGACUGGCCUGAGUAUAACUCGACACUAGCCCCUACAACAGCACGCUCCGAUUACUCGAUGGCUCAGGACUCUAAUGGCAGAGUUGUGUUUGUUGGCGGUAACAAAGACGAGCCCAUCGCCUUCUUUGACAUGAAGGAGAACUCCUGGCUCGAUGCCUCUGAGAUUGUAGGUGACGAUUCACAGAAAAUUCUCUCUGCGGAAUCUUCCACUGGAACCAAGACCAGAACCAGCUCUACCAAGACAUCAUCGACAGAAUCAUCCACAAAAACCAAGUCUGUCAGCAGCGACUUGUCAUCGACAUUGGCGACGUCGACUACCUCAGCAACAGCAACCGACGAUUCAUUCUCAUCGGCAACCAUCUCUACUUCUAGCUCUGCUACCAACAGUGACGUCGCGCCGGUUGGUGGUGCCAGCAGUGAUGACAAAUCUGGCCUUAGUUCCAAUGCCAUCUUGGGUAUCACUCUCGGCACGAUCUUGGGCUUCAUUGCUGUACUCAUCGUCAUUUUGUUGCUCUUGCGCCGCCGUAAGAAGACCCGCCAACCAUCGCCAGAGAACACGCAGCCCAGACACGACUUCCCUUCUGAUGAGAAGGAUCCCAUGGGACUUGGUGGCGGCCCUGUAUCACCCUUCCGUGGUCACCACUCCAACAUGUCACAAGAAUCAUUCUCAUCUAUGGCGAUUCUGAUGGGCCGUGCUGGCAAGAACAAACCCGGUAUUUCUCGCAAGCUGAGCAACGGCACCAACCGCAGCUCCGUCAGCACUGAACACAAGCAACUUAAAUCUACCAUUGGCAAGCCAGUCCUGCAGGAAAUGCAACACCCUGUAUUACAAGGACAGGACACCCGCGGAGUGGCUUUUGAUCCAACUGUUGUCGAGCCUCGACCUCGCAAUGGACCUCUCGAGACACAGGACGGUUUGCGAAGGAGCUCAGGCUGGAACCGAUACUGGUCAGGCGGUAGCGCUCUUCAGAUCUUAGGAUUCGGUUCUUCCAAGAGAAACACUGUCGGCUCUGAUAGCGACUCGCACUACUCAGAUGCGAUCCUGCAUCGAAACCCCCGUGUUACGCAAGACUCGGCAACUGUGCCCCCUCUGAACUUCGAAUUCCGCCCUGAGAUGAAUCGAGUCAAUUCUGGAAGCCCCGUCGUCGCAGAGUAUAAUAAGGAUAUUCCUUUCAGAGACGGUGUAGCUGGCAAAAUCGAGCGCCCUAUCUCAAAGGCAUCCUCUGGCUACUCCAGCGGCAUUCCCGAGAGCGUUAACGAGACGUGGGACCCUGAUCAUAAAGACAAACCUUGGGGUACAGAUCGUGCGACUAGCAGCAUUUAUAACCCAAGCUUUUACUUCGGUGCACCUUUAUCUCCACGGGUCCCACCACCUCAGACACCUCCAUCUGGGGUAAGCACCCAGCCUCAGCUCGCACUGGCCUCACAGUCAUCAGAUAUGAGCUGGUUGAACCUCGGUGACCGCUCACGCCAGUAG